ACGCACACUCGUCAUCUUUGUUCCUGUUGUGCGUAAUUGCCAUCGUCCUAUCCACGUCACAGCAACGGUACCGCGGACAGACGCCGUGAAAGAGAAUCUUUUGUGGCGUCGUAACGAAGUCGUUUCAAAGUGAGUUACAGUUCUGCAAUCGAUGGCUUCUCCCCUAUUGGCUUCUCGUGACCCUGAGACCGAGCUCCAGGCUCCAGCAUGAGGGGGGUCAUCGGAGGAUGUUCUUGGCCGCCGCACACUCGCUCUCGUCGGGGAGAGGAGGAGGAGGAGCAGAAAGCUCACCGGGGGCCCGGGGGCGAGAAAACUACGCACCUGCAGCAGGAGGACACUGCCUCCCUGCAAAGUCUUUCAGAAAAUGGACUGCGCAACCCGCAGUGCCGGAUCUGCUUCCAGGGCUCAGAUAAGGGGGAGCUGUUGAGUCCCUGCCGCUGUGAUGGCUCUGUCCGCUUCUCACACCAGUCUUGCCUCAUCCGCUGGAUCGGCGAAACGGGCUCCUGGCGCUGUGAGCUCUGCCGCUUCAAGUACCGGGUCUUUUCCGUUUGCACCAAGAACCCACUGCAGUGGCAAUCUAUUUCACUGAACUUCAUUGAAAAGGUACAGAUUUCAGCCGUCAUCCUGGGCACUCUGUUCCUCGCAGCCAGUUUUGGUUGGCUUAUGUGGUCAUUUGUCAGCCCCUAUGCAGAAUUCCAGCACCAGGAUUAUAUCUUUAAGAUAUUAUACGGCAUGUACAUCUUCAUGGAUUUUGUCUGUAUAGGACUUUUAAUCCAACAAGGACCGGCUGUUUACCGGAUCAUAAGGCGCUGGCAUACAAUGAACCAGAAGUGGAAAGUGCUGAAUUAUGAGAAAAACAAGGACUUGACCAGUUCUGACAGCAAAAGUGGUGGUGGUGAAAACGGCACCGCAGAGGUCACAGACAACGGACGGGGGUCGAGGCGACGUUUGAGGUCUUGCCUUACACUUUAUGUUGGUAAUACUGUUCUGCGCAUCGUGAACAGGCUAAGACCCAACCUCACCACCAACCACGAGGUCAUCAUGAGGGUGACCACCGUAUAGCAGGGUCAAGAGCAAACAAGUGAACUCUGGCGGUGUACCUAAAACACCACCAUGAACCUAUUUUUUCUCUUUUUUUUUUUGCACACAGAAGGGCAAAUUGUUUGCGGCCAAAGGGUGAAUAGAUUGGUUAAAUCAAAGUCCCGAAGCCCACGUACACAAGUAAAAUGAACAAAUCAAGACUGUUGGACAAAAGACUGCUGGAUAAAAAAGUAUAAUUUUCAAGACUGUUGAAUAAAAGUAUUGGGUA